ACCCCGGAUAUACCUACUUUUCCAGCGGCUCAUACCUACAUUAGGGCCGCCACGGCUACACUUUUUCUUGUUCAUGGUUCGAAUCUGCGAGAGAAGGAUGAAGUUUUUGGUUGCUGUUACGGUCAUCGUUGGGUCGGUGAUAUUUCUGCUCUUCCCGAGUGGAUCAGAAGCUGAAGAAAAACAGAAAGGCCCCAAAGUCACAGCCAAGGUAUAUUUUGACAUCAGAAUCGGAGAUGAGGAUGUUGGGCGCAUUGUCAUUGGUUUGUUUGGAAAAACCGUACCCAAGACCGUAGAGAACUUUAUUACACUAGCAACUGGAGAGAAAGGGUUUGGCUACAAAUCCAGCAAGUUUCACCGAGUCAUUAAGGACUUCAUGAUCCAGGGUGGUGACUUCACUAGAGGAGAUGGCACUGGAGGCAAGAGCAUCUACGGAGACCGUUUCCCUGAUGAGAACUUCAAGUUGAAGCACUACGGACCUUACUGGCUGAGCAUGGCCAAUGCUGGCAAGGACACCAAUGGUUCCCAGUUCUUCAUCACCACCAUUCAGACACCCUGGUUGGACGGCAAGCAUGUAGUCUUUGGAAAAGUUCUGGAAGGCGAGGACGUGGUCAAGAAAAUUGAGGGUACAAAGACAGAUGGACGGGAUAAGCCCCUCAAAGACGUGACCAUCCACGACUGUGGCAAGAUCGACGUGGAGAAGCCCUUCGCCAUCGCCAAGGCGUGAAGUGUUUUUUGAAUGUAAGGACAGGACUGUGGGUGAAUGAGCAGACCCUUAAAAUAUCUCCAUUUCGUUUACCACCUUGUGGUCCUGUAGUGGGGCUGCUUCUUGGGAUGUACAGGUAGCGGACUGCUCAUUGGUGGUUGCUCAUUGUCGUUAACGAACCAUGCCAAUGAACAAAGAGGCACACUUGGGGUCCAUUUCCAAACAGGCAUUCCAGUUUGUCUUGCAGCUGAGACCUGCUAGUUUUGUAAAGACAAAAUCUUCAAUAAAGGAUCCACAUUUUUGUUA